UUUAUUCAGAACAUAUUUUCGUUUAUGACCCAUUUUGUUAAUAUAAAACAAACAUAAUGCCUACUAAUUAGGCAUGGGUAAUAAAAUAUAAUAGUAUAGUAUAAAUAAUAAAUAUAUCGAUAUAUAUGGUCGAUAUUUUAAAUCGCGGUAUAUCGACAUAUCGAUAUUUAUUUGAGAGUAUCGAAUUUGUAUCAAUUUCGAUAUAUUUUAAAAUGUUGUAUCGUUUUUUUCGUCGUCCAACCGUCAGUAGAUAAAAUUUUGUACCUUAUCUUUACAUCAUUCAAAUGAUUACGAUAUAUCGAUAUUUAUCACGCUAUAUAUAUCGAUACUGUUUAAAAAUAUAGAUUCGAUAUAUUUUUCCCUUUGCCCAUCCCUAGUCCCUACUACUAAUAUACUGUUAAUGUGGCAUAUUACAAAGUUACUAAGAAACCAAAAUAUAAGAGUGUAGUUGUUAAUAAAUAAUAUAUAUGAUGUCACACUAACUUCUAAAAUGAUGUGGAAAUACUUCUCAUAAGCCAGAAGAAGCUACAAAAAAAAACAUUACAUUAUCUAUUUACUUUUAUGUAGUUUAAUUUAACAGUUGUUUUAAAUAAUUGUGUGAUUAUUAUGCAAGGAAUAUCUGUAGUCAGCGGUGGAUUCGUUGCUAUAAUGAUGCUUGAUGCAAAUUUAUUUGCUUAUUAAAUGUAAUGACAACAGUAUUGUUUCGUUUAAUAUUACUUGUAAUAUAAAGCCAUAUUUUAUAUAACUUAUGGGAAUUUAAUUAUAAUACAUAUAAGACUUUCUGUUUUAUGCAAAGCUCAUACUAAUUGCUGAAUUCAUUUUCCUACUCCUUUAUCUAUAUCACUUUAUCCUUUGACAGAUCCUAGUAUAUUAUUGAUUCAUUAUGUCAGACUCAGACCAGAGUGCGCAUACCCUAGCACUUAAUAGUGAUAUGGUACAAAAGAGAAAACAAUAUAAUAAAAGCAUAGUUUCAACUGCAAGUAGAAGUCAGCGAAAUCAAUCACAAGAAUUUCAGGUACAAUCUAGGUCUAGGUGCAGGUCACGAAAUCGUCGAAUGACAGGUGGUAACAGUCGGAAGAGUUCACAUGGCACAUGUAGUAGGAACAAACGCCAAAAUAGAAGUCGCUCACAUGUUAAGCGCCCUCGUAGUUUCCAAAGAAAACGCAACAAAUCUGCACGCUCUUCAAGUACUAGUACGAAUAGUACAUGGAGUAGCAUUAACUCUAUUCUAUAUCUAUUUUCUUCAAUUCUUCAUAUUUUCAAAAACCCGUAAAGGCUAAAGCCAAGUCUUCUUUAUAUUAUACUCUUUGUAAGUUUCAAUCCAUGUAGAUUUGUCAAUCCAAUAUUUUCAAAAACAGGGAUACCAUAUUUCAUAUUUCUUUUACAGUAUUAUGAAUAAAAGUGCUAAAUAUGUCUUAGUAUUCGCUGCCGGGAAUAAAGUCAAUGGUGCCCUGACUGCGUUAGUCAAAAGGCAAGGCGUAGUGAAGAGUGCACGCCUUGCAAUACAUAACGCAGUGUUGGUACCGACUUAGGUAUAUGGCAGCGAAACUUGGGUAUGCCAGAAGAAGCAUAAAAGCAAGUUGAAUGCAGUGGAGAUGCGAUCUCUUCGUAAAAUGUGCGGCGUUACCAUGGCCGACCGAAAGCGAAACGAAGAGAUUCGCAAUAUGGCAGGUUUGAAAGAUGACCUUAUCACAAAAAUUGAUAAGGGCCUGCUUCGGUGGUUUGGGUACGUUGAGCGAAUGAGUGAAGACCGAAUGGUGAAGAAAAUAUAUAGCGCGAAAGUAAAUAUUAAAAGGUGUCGAGGUAGAACGAGAGUAAUUUUCGAAGACCAUGUGAGCAAAUUGCUCGAAGAGGGGAGGGUCAAGAGUACUCGGAUACCUAGACGUGCAUGCAUGAAGAAGAUAAUGAAUCUGAAAGAAGCGAAAGAGGUAUGUAAGGAUCGUGACACUUGGCGAUCUGUUCUCUCUGGCUACCCCGUCAGGGAUUGUGCGUGAAGAUAAGUAGUAAGUAGUAGUAGUAUUCCUAAGAACAUCUUGCAGGGCACGCGGGACGCUUUCUGAGUUUUCAUAAGCUAGUAUAAGUUUUUCAAUGAGUAGCAAUCUUUCUAUGGCGUACGCUGGGCAGUUAAAUAUUAUAUGUUCUGUAGUCUGAUCUGCUUCUGUAUCGCAGAAAUUGCAUUUUGCAGAUGCUACUAUUCUCAUCCUGGAAAGAUGAGCGUUCAGUCGAUAGUGGCCAAAUCUAGUCUGCACAUUAUUGUAUAAAAUUUUCUGCUAUGAUAUCUUCGCAUAUCGUUGCGAGAAAACCAAGGAAUACUUAAUUCUGAAUUAAUUGAUGCAUACCAACGACCUUUUCCUGCCUCUAAAACAGCAUUCCAUUGCAUUUUCCAUUCUUCUUUUAACUCUUGCUUUAAAAUUGAAUAUAAAUCUGUAUGUGGUAUUGCAACAUCGGUUAUCCUGUCAAUAUCAGCUGUAACUAUACUUUUAGCUAAAUGGUCUGCUCUUUCAUUUCCUUGAAACCCCAAUAUGUGACGGAGUCCAUAAAAAUUUUACUUCCAAAUUAUUUUCUUUCAAUUUCCACCACAAACUUUUAUUUCAUAUAUGAUGAAAGACGUUUUAGCAUCUAAAGCCUUGCCUUCAGUGCCUUCAAGACACUCAUGCUAUCAGAGAUCAGUAACCAUUUAUUAGAUACAUGUGGGUGUUCUUCUAUAUAUUUAAGAGCGAUUAAGACAGCAUAACAUUCUGCAGUGUAUAUGCUUGCUAAUGCUGGAAUAGAAAGACCACGUCCAGUUUUCAGAUGAGAUAUUUAAACCUAAGUAAGAUAGGAGGAGUAAGACAUUCAGCCUGUAAAGAAACAAUAGGAGUUGUUCUCAUAGAGCCGGAAUGGCCUCAAAGACCUCAACUCUGCGGCGAGUACAUGAAGAUUGACGUUAUUAAAUGCACCAACAAUGUCAAAGAAUAUACUAAAUGUCUAAGGCCGGUCACAUACAUACGGAAUUCCGUUUCGAGAUUCCGUUUCGGAAUUCCGAAUGGGUCGGCCACACACAUACGGAAUCCCGUUUUGCCCGCAAAAUAUCGAACGGAAAACUACCGUAUGUGUGUGGCGGGUCAUAGAUUUUAUAUGGACUUGCUGCGUUCGGGAUUCUGAAUCGGAAUAUCGAAACGGAAUUCCGUAUGUAUGUGGCCGGCCUUAAUGUAGAAAUGCAGUACUUUCUCCAGAUGACUUACGGCGUCUGAAUCCAAACUGAUUCGAUGGAAAAUGAUAGCUGCCUAGAGAAUCAUCAUCACAUACUUGCCACUCACAAGACAGAGCCAGUGAAGAUGAAACAAGUGUCAAGUCUAAUGCAUUUUGCCUCCAUCUAUGAGAUCCUACUGUAGUCAUCUGACCAUCAUUCAAAAUUACAAGAUUGCAAGAACGUCCCUACCUCGUGAAUCUAAUUCAGUACACCCCCAUAAUGUGUGAUGGGCGUUGAAAUCACCAGCUAUAAAGACUGGCUGUGGCAAACUUUGGAUUAAAUUAUCUAAUUUGGAUUUAUUAUAAUUAAUUGGUGAAUUAGGGGGACAGUAAACACUAACUAAAGUUAAUAAUUUAUCAUUGUAUUGUAUUUGUACAGCUAUAUUUUGUAAUGAGUCAUCAGAGAAUGUAUUGAUAACAAGAAAUUUUGUUAUGUAGAAGUAUUGCUACUCCAUUAUGAUCAUUACCUGAAUCUAAUCAUAUAAUAUUAUAACCUUUUACUCUAAAAUUGUGCCUAGGUUUAAGCCAAGUUUCACAUAUGAGAGCAACAUCUAUGGUGUUCUCAUAUAAAAAUUGUGUAAAUUGAAAGCGAUUUUUAAUUAAACUCUGUGCAUUCCAUUGUAAAAUGUUAAACUGAUCCAUAAAAUAUUAAAUGUUAAAUAAUGAAAUAUC